GCCCAGAGCUUCAAGUGGUUUCCUGUUGCCCGGCUCUAAACCCCUCCACAUUCCUGCAGACCUUCAGACUGCCAGAGCGACUCGGCCUGUUACCUUCCUGCCACUGAGGGCCCCCAGCACCAUGAAGGCCUGGAUCUUCUUUCUCCUCUGCCUGGCCGGGACGGCCCUGGCAGCCCCCCAGCAGCAGGAAGCCCUGCCUGACGAGACAGAGGUGGUGGAGGAAACCGUGGCUGAGGUGUCCGAGGUACCUGUUGGAGCCAACCCCGUCCAGGUGGAAGUAGGAGAAUUUGAGGAAGGUGCCGAGGAAGCCGAAGAGGAGGUGGUGGCUGAGAACCCCUGCCAGAACCACCACUGCAAACACGGCAAGGUGUGCGAGCUGGAUGAGAACAACACCCCCAUGUGCGUGUGCCAGGACCCCACCAGCUGCCCUGCCCCCAUUGGCGAGUUUGAGAAGGUGUGCAGCAAUGACAACAAGACCUUCGACUCUUCCUGCCACUUCUUUGCCACCAAGUGCACCCUGGAGGGCACCAAGAAGGGCCACAAACUCCACCUGGAUUACAUUGGACCCUGCAAAUACAUCCCCCCCUGCCUGGACUCCGAGCUGUCUGAGUUCCCCCUGCGCAUGCGGGACUGGCUCAAGAAUGUCCUGGUCACUCUGUACGAAAGGGAUGAGGACAACAACCUGCUGACCGAGAAGCAGAAGCUGCGGGUGAAGAAGAUCCAUGAGAACGAGAAGCGCCUGGAGGCUGGAGACCACCCCGUGGAGCUGUUGGCCCGGGACUUCGAGAAGAACUACAACAUGUACAUCUUCCCCGUGCACUGGCAGUUCGGCCAGCUGGACCAGCACCCCAUUGAUGGGUACCUGUCCCACACCGAGCUGGCCCCACUGCGCGCACCCCUCAUCCCCAUGGAGCACUGCACCACCCGCUUUUUCGAGACCUGUGACCUGGACAACGACAAGUACAUCGCUCUGGAUGAGUGGGCCGGCUGCUUCGGCAUCAAGGAGCAGGAUAUUGACAAGGAUCUCGUGAUCUAGACCACGCCUCCGCCGGCAGUUCCGGAUUCUCUCUCUAUCCUGCCCCUCCCCGUCUCCCCCAAUGUUUAAAAUGUUUGGAUGGUUGGUUGUUCUGCCUGGGGACAAGGUGCUAACAUAGAUGUAAAUGAACACAUUAACGGUGCUAAAAAUGGAAGUUGUAACCCAAGUCAUGACAUUCUUAGUUGGAACUCUGCCUCUUGCUCACCCACUAACAGUCCCAUUUUCCUCUGGCCAUUGGAAGCCCUGUCCAUUGUCUUCGUGGCAAAUGGCUGGGAACUUCGAUCUGCUCGCAUCUGCCUUGGACAUGCACCGCAUCUUCAGAUUCGCUCUCGGUUCCUCUACUUCAAACUAAUGCUCACUAAGUCAAACUUUUGUGUUAAUUUUGUUUCAGGACGUUGGCUAUAGGGGUGGGGCUGGGGGUUUUUCCCUACGUGGCCUGAAGGGGGACAAAGGGAAGUGAGAGACCGUGGUUCUGGGACUACAGGGCUGGUGGGAACAGCUGAGAACCAGUCUCGUGUGCAGGGCCUGCCCUGAAAGAACCCGAGGCUGGGCUGGGAAAGAACAGAAGCUCCCAUUUAAACCCAGUUCCUCACCGUUUCCCCCGUCAUCUUUCAGUGCCUUUUUUUCACCUUAGGCUGUUCCAGCUUUUUGGGAGCCGUGGACCAUCACUUCUUUGGAACCCACCGAGCCUGGUGGGCUUCUCCCCUCCUAAGUGUCUGGGAGAAGCGAGACUGGGGGCUGUUUCAGCCACGAAAGCUGAAAUCAAGGGUGAGGUGUAGAAAGUUGCAAAACAGAAAAAGUGGAGUUAGCAGAUUGGUUUUGUUUUUUGAGAGGUUUUUUUCUUUUCAUUUUUGGAUGGCUGUCAUGAGGGGUCUUUCCCUCGCUUUCUAGCAUGUUCCUCCUUCCCCCUUCUUUUCUUUCUAUUAAUCAAGAGAAACUUCGAAGUCAAUGGGAUGGUCAGAUCUCACAGGCUGAGAACUCAUUCACCACCAAGCAUUUCAUGAAAAAGCUGCUUCUUAUUAAUCAUGCAAGCUCUCACCAUGUUGUGGCGAGUUUGACGAAUCUUUCAAAAUAAAAGUAAUGAUUUAGAAACUGC